AUGACUUCUCCUUCCGGCGCCGGCACUUCGAAUGACAGCCCUUCUCAACACCAACACCAACACCAACACCAAGAGUCCUUCCCCCUGCACAGUCUAGCGCCGAUAGCUGCCUCAUCACGCAGGACGCGCCCCACGUCCAACUCGGCCUCCACCUCCCCUCCCGAGCCCACACCUGUUACGACACCCGAUGCAUAUAUACCGCUUGCGCCGCUCCAUCCGCAAGCAGAAUCACAGGAGGGCCGGUCCUCCUCCCAUGGCAGCUCGCCAGACUUCGGGGAGGACAACGCUGACGAUUCUUGUCCGCCGAGCCCCCGCUCCCCGACGAAUCUGCCCAUGAACCAGUCGGCGCCCUUCCUGCGCUCCUCCGCCAGCUUCAGGAAACCUUCCUAUGGAGCCAUAUCUCUGAGCGACGUCUCUUCGAGCGCCGCCUCCAUCGCCGAGAGCGAGGAGGCCGGGCCCUCCUCCGCCGUCAGCGAUGCCGGCUUCGCCUUCGAGCAUCCUUACCGGGAUGCCUCGGACAGACGGCGGUCAGACGCCUACUUGCCCGCAUCAGGCUUGAGCUCUAUGAGGCGCUCAGCCAGGCAGUCCGAAGACCUCGGCUCGUCGACUGUGCUUGGUGGACUAGAAGGGCGAUUCGGCAUCACGGAGGGUGCGCUCCCGAGCGCCAACGUCGACGAUGACAAGGACAGUGGCGAGGACGAGAGCGAUGGAGGCAGCAAUAUCUUCGACGAAGACAACCCCCCCGACAAUUCGCCAUAUCCCCAGGUCAGGGCCUCCGUGGCCCCUUCAGACAACACGACAUUGUCAAUCAACACUCCUCGUAUGUGGGUGUUAUCGACCCUGUUCUCCAUGCUCGGCUCGUCAACCAAUCUUUUCUUCUCUCUUCGAUACCCCAGUGUUGCUAUCACGCCCGUCAUAGCACUGCUGCUCGUUCACCCGUUGGGCCUGGCAUGGGAUUAUUUCCUGAAGCGAGACAACGAUCCGCAGGAAGAGUUCGUGGAUGGAGUUAGGGCGUCAGUCGGAGCUCUAGAGUCGCCUACAUCCGAUGCAGAUAUUUUGCACUAUCACAAGAGGACUACAUGGGAUCGCAUAAGACUGUGGCUUGCCCAAGGACGCUGGAACGAAAAGGAGCAUACGUGUGUCUAUGUUAGCAGCAACAUCUCGUUUGGCUUUGCCUUUGCCACCGAUGUGAUCGUCGAACAAACCAUGUUCUACAAGCAAGAUGCGCCCAUUACCUACCAGCUCUUGCUGAUCUUGUCGACGCAGAUCCUUGGCUACACAUUUGCCGGCCUUACCAGGCGCUUCCUGGUAAGGCCGAGUGGCAUGAUCUGGCCUUCGACUCUCAUGUCCGCAGCCAUGUUUACGACUCUGCACAAGGAGGAGAACAAACCGGCGAAUGGGUGGAGGAUCAGCCGGUGGAACUUCUUCUAUAUCGUCUUCGUGUCGGCCUUUGCCUUUUAUUUCCUCCCUGGGCUCUUGUUCCCGGCUCUCAGCUAUUUCAACGUUAUCACUUGGUUUGCGCCAAAGAACGUUGUGAUUUCCAACCUGUUCGGGGUAACGUCAGGUCUCGGUCUGUUCCCAAUGACGUUCGACUGGGCUCAGAUCGCUUAUAUCGGCUCGCCGCUUCUGACCCCUUUCUGGGCCGCCAUGAACGUUGUCGGCGGCCUCGUGCUUGUGAUGUGGAUCAUGGCGCCCAUUGCAUACUACAGCAAUUGGCUGUACUCCUCAUACAUGCCGAUCCUGUCGGCAGCCGUGUUUGACAACACGGGCCACGUUUACGACGUCAGCAAGAUCUUGACUGAGGACUUUGUCUUUGAUCGCGAAGCAUAUCAGAGCUAUAGCCGAGUUUUCCUUCCUAUCACUUACGUCCUGAGCUAUGGCGUCCAGUUCGCUGGAUUGGCGUCCUUGCUGACGCACACCAUCUGCUGGCACGGCAAGGAUAUUCUGACACAGUGGAGAGCUUCGCUCAAAGAGGCGAAGGAUGACUCAAAAGCUGCAUAUCAGCCCCUCGAUGGAGGACAGGGCGGCGUAUACCCCACGUCUAGCAACGGCAACUCGCAUGAGAGCCUGGACAGGUCUACCUCGGGAACUGAUAACCUGAUGGGCAAGGAGGAUGUCCACAAUCGCCUGAUGAGGAGAUACAAAGAUGCGCCCAUGGUUUGGUACCUGCUCACCUUCAUAUCAAUGACUGCCAUCGGCAUUUUUGUGGUCGAGUACUAUCCUAUCCACCUCCCCUGGUACGGUCUUCUACUUGCACUCGGCAUCUGCACUAUUCUCUUCAUCCCCAUCGGCAUCAUCAUGGCCGUGACGAACCAGCACAGCAGCAUAUACUUGAUCUGUCAGUUGGUCUGCGGCGCCGUGUUCCCCGGUCGCCCGGUUGCCAAUAUGGUCUUCGUCACGUACGGCUAUAUCUCUUCGGCCCAGGGCAUCAAGUUCGCGGCGGAUCUCAAGUUGGGCCACUACAUGAAGAUCCCUCCGCGGAUACUGUUCGCGGUGCAGAUGGUAGCGACCAUUGUCUCGUCCCUCACCCAGAUUGGCGUCCUCAACUGGAUGUUCCACAAUGUGCCCCGCCUGUGCACGCCCGAGGCGAUUAACGGUUUCACCUGUCCCAUAGCUAGGGUGCACUUCAACGGUUCGAUCCUCUGGGGUGUCGUCGGCCCGGCCGAGUUCUUCGGUCCCGGGGCCACAUAUAGGCCCCUCGUCUGGUGUUUCCUGAUCGGAGCCGUUGCCCCGAUCCCGCUCUGGCUCUACGGCCGGAACAAGAGGAGCAGUAUCGUCCGCAAGAUCAACCUGCCGGUGCUGCUGGGCUCCCUCGGCUGGAUCCCGCCGGCGACGGGGCUCAACUUCUCGGUCUGGGCGGUCGUGUGUUAUAUCUUCAACUACCUGAUCAAGAACCGGGCGGCAGGCUGGUGGGCAAAGUACACCAUGACGCUGAGCGCGGCACUCGACUCGGCCCUGGCAUGCGGCAUCGUAGUCGUCUUUUUUACGUUUAUAUACCCCGGGUGGAUGGACGGCUUCAAGUGGUGGGGGACCGAGGUCUACAAGCAAGGGUGCGACUGGACUGCCUGCUCUUUCAAGACAGUGCCUGAGGGCGGGCGCUUUGGUCCUAGCACUUGGUGA